CAGCUUGCCUACAAUUUUUUUAUACACUUUAAGCAUCGUUCGCAGCCAAACUAAACCGGAGCUGGUAACUUAGCAUUCAAGUCAAUCAUAUCCUGACGUUAAACUUUCGAAAACCAAAAUCUCCGAAGUUUCUCAGCAAUGGCUAAACAUUCGGAAAGAGUGGAAGACGUGUUUAAUGCUCUUCCGGACGAACAGCGGGAUUUCGUGUACAAAAUUCUUUACGGAAAAUCUCCUUCUGAUCUGAGUCUUCAGCUUCCACCGGAAGCGUUAGCCAUCGCUAAGAAACAUGGAUUCGAUAUGCAGGGUUACCAGUUCACGGCUGCGACAGAAUCCACUCGCCCAGCGAGAAUCGUUCGCGUCGGAUUAGUGCAGACGUCCAUCGCAGCUGCAACCACCGAGCCGGUGCAAAUUCAACGGGAUGCCAUUUUCGAGAAAGCAAAAUGCUUCUUCGACGCGGCCAGUAAAUCGGGAGUCAAUGUCGUCUGCUUCGAGGAAUGUUGGCAUAUGCCUUUUGCGUUUUGCACGCGCGAGCGAUUGCCAUGGUGCGAAUUUGCGGAGGAAAUUUCUAACGGGCCCACUGUCUCGCUUUGUUCAAAGAUGGCGAAGCAAUAUAACAUGGUGGUUAUCUGCCCGAUUUUGGAGCGCGACACUCUUCGCGGUGAUAUAAUUUGGAACACCGCUGUGGUGAUCAACACUGACGGAAGUGUAAUUGGUACUCAACGAAAAAAUCACAUUCCUCGCGUUGGAGAUUUCAACGAGAGUACGUAUUAUAUGGAAGGAAACAGUGGACAUCCAGUUUUCCAAACUCCAUACGGUCGCAUUGGUAUCAGUGUUUGCUACGAUCGACAUCAUCCACUCAACUGGUUUAUGCUGCAAGUGAACGGUGCAGAAAUUGUUUUCAAUCCUUCUUGUACCGUGGCGGGAUUAAGCGAGCCACUAUGGGGUGUGGAAGCUAGAAAUGCAGCAAUUGCUAACAGUUAUUUCACGUGUUCGAUUAAUCGUGUUGGAACAGAAACCUUUCCUAAUGCAUUCACAUCCGGAGACGGGAAAUCAGCUCACAAAGAUUUUGGACCAUUUUAUGGAUCCAGUUACGUCACAGCACCAGAUGGGAUUCGAACGCCGGGUUUGUCACGUGAGCGCGAUGGUUUGCUUGUGGUGCAAAUGGAUUUAAACCUCAACCGCCAAGUGUCGGAUAAAUGGGGAUUCAAGAUGACUCAACGCUUGGAUCACUAUGCUGCAGAGUUUGCGAAACUUGCCAAGCGAGAAUACUUGCCCCAUACUGUCCACCCACCUAAUAAUGCGAAAGGUCAAAACGUUCAGGAGAAUGGAUCCAAUUAAGAACAUCACAACUAAGCUACGAGUAUCGAGUUUUUAGUUUGUUAACGACAACGGUGCAAAUGUUUAUUGGUGUUAUUACUGCAAAUCAAAUUGUUUCAGGUAUGAAGUACGCAAUAUUUACUAAUACACAUGCCGAAAAAGUUUGCAUUGUCAAUGUUGAGUCUGUAAGUAAACUGUUUGUUGAGCAUGCUUCAGUAAACGUUAACUGUUA